AUGCCAACGACGAUUUUGACCCAACCUACACCACCAACACUUGCACAUGCUAAAAAGUUUCCAAAAUUUUUAAACCUUACUAAACGACAACUACUAGCUAAGUCGUUACUACCAGCAACACUGUUUCUGACGCUGCUGACACCGGUGUCUUCGAACGAAUACUGCACUGGGGACAUCUGUCUUUACUACAACCAGACUCGAGCAACAAGUUUAUCGGUAGCUAGAGAUUUUUGCCAGAAAAAUAGCUCUACACUGUUUGAUAUAUCAGACGAUAAAAUGCUGGUUAUUUCCAAUGAUAUGAAAAAUUAUUUUAGCGCCAUUUAUAUUGGAAAUUACUGGCUGAAUAUAGAAAGGAGUUUCCACAAGUGGUGCUGGUUGGAUGGGCUGGAAUUCAACUAUACUUUUGAGAAUGAUAACCAAUGCAGUCUUUGUACGAACGCUUUUGCAUACAACACGGGCGACCUUCUGAGGUUUGGGAAGGAGAAUUCCAACAAUAAAAACAAAUACAUAUGCAGGAAUGAGCUGAACCAAAUGAAACAGCCAACGUUCGGCGUUUUUUCCUGGUUCAACGCCCGAAAGAACUGCAUUGAAAGUGGAUCGGACUUGCCCGGCUUGAAUGAUUUGAAUAACUUGCUCACAUUACCAGCAAACUCAAAAGUUUGGGUGUUGGUCAGUCAAGCGUCAGAAAAUAAAGAACUCUUAUUGGACAGAUGGCAUAGCGGGCAACCGAUCGACCAAUCAAAUUGCGCCUAUUACAACGUAGACUCCAAUGAUUGGUGGUCGGCGGAUUGUUUUGGGGCUACACCCUAUUACGUGAAGAUUUGGAUAGCUUGCUUGGGCAGUCUUCUAGUACUGUCACUCAGCGCCAUCCUCCUUUGUGUUGGCAUAAAAUACUACAAGAAAAAAAUGAACAAAAAUAAAAAUGCUGACACACAAAAUGAUUUUGCCGGCGACGAUGAUAAUGACGAUAGCAAAAACAAAAUUAUUAAAAAUAAAAAAAUUUCUUGCAUGGAAAAACGCAACAAAAAAAUCCAAAUAAUCGAAAAUGACAUUAAUAGAAGUGAAACAUACGCAUCCAUUCACGCUAACGAAAAUGACAUUAAUAACAGCAGCAUGAAUAAUAAUAACAUCAACAUUGGUGAGGAUUCUAAAUCAGUCCCCAGCAACAGCAGUAGUAGUAGAAGCGGCUGUAGUAGAAACGGCUGUAGCAGCGGCUGUAGUAGCGGCUGUAGUAGCGGCUGUAGUAGCGGCGGCGGUAAAAACAACAUCAAAAAGGACAAAAAUGUCAACAUUGAAAGCCACAUUAACAGCCAUGCCAGUGACAGCAACAGCAAUGACAUUAACGUCUUCUACAAAGACAGCACCGCUGGCAACAAGAUAAUAAUUAACAACAGCAAGAUACAUUACAAUAGCGGGUCUAUCUAUACGAAUGAUGAUCUCAACUGUGAAACUUACGGCUACUACACUAUUGACGAGAAAAUUGAAUUGCAUUACGUGGGAAAGAGCGGAAACAAUAACAACAACAAAAACAUUAACAACAACAACAACAUGAGCCAUUAUAACAACAGAAAUGAAUUUAUAAUAAGCAGUAAUAGUAGCGCUCCUAAUAGCAGUAAAAACAUCAAGAAAAUUAACGUUUGUGAAUUCAUCAUACGUGAUAGCGAGGAUUCUGACAUCAACAACUUCAGCAACAACAACUGCAGCAGCAGCAACAACAACAACAAAAUCACCAACAUACAGGAAAUCAUCAUUCGAAAUAGCGAUGAUUCUAAUGGCAAUAAGAGCGUCAGACAUCAAAGUUUAUUCAAAGAAAUUAUUAUUCGUAACAGUAACAACAUCAUCAACAAACUCAGCUACAAAUUUAGUAAAAAUAAUUUCAAAGAUAGCAACAACAACAACAACAACAGCAACAACAACAACAAUAUCUACAACAACACUAACAGCAAUAAGAAGAAGAAGAAGAAGAAGAAAAAGAAGAAGAAAAAGGAAGAAGAAGAAAAAGAAGAAGAAGAUAAAGAAGAAGAAGGAAGAAGAAGAAGAAGUAGAAUGCAAUUUAGAAAUUACCACUAG